CCCUCUAAAGAACCGGUUAGAAUCCCUGUUCUCACUUUAUCUUCUCUCUCACCUAAUGCACAAAAUCUCGUUGUCGCUCUCCCCAAUCUCUCUCGUCUGUUUCUGUCUAAAAUACCUCUUGUCUGUAUUUCUCUACUCUCCCACUCUCUCUCUCUACCCUUCACCGGUUCACCCCCCUUUAUGUUACGUACUGAUUCAGUUCAUGAGUUCCAAUAUGUAAUUACAAGUUGUUUGAAAGUGUGGGGAUGUUAAAACUGCAUGUCGUGUGUUUGAUGAAAUGCCCGAGAAAAGAAUGUGGUGACUUGGAACUGUAUGAUUUCUGGGUAUAUUAGGAAUGGUAGAAUUCGUGAUGCUGGUGAGAUAUUCGAUGUUAUGCCUAGUAGGAACGAAAUUUUUUGUGGGUUUGCAAAGUAUGGAAAGUUAGAAGAAGCUCGGAGUUUGUCUGCGGCAAAAGUAGCCAACCCAACCAGAUUCGCCCUUCAGGUGACUUGUUUUCACACACACUGACACACACAGCUGAAAGAUGAUGAAAAGAAAACUUAUUUCCUCCACAAAUUUUAAAAAUGGUGGUGUUCUCUCUCUUCAGAAAGGUACCCGUAAGUCUACAACUUCUCUUAAGCAUUGUAUUAUUUUCUUCAUUGAUUAUCCAUUUGCUAGAGGCAAUUUAAGGGCUUCGUUUCAUUCCCAAACUGGUAAAGACAAAAACCUCACUGUACGAGUAGUCAAACCCGGUGUAUGAAGUCUCUGAGAGAUCAAAGUGAAUUUGAUUUCACUAACCUUGACGAUGCACUGUCACUGUUUGAUGAAAUGUCUCAAAUGCGGCCUCUUCCUUCAAUUGUGCAUUUUACUCGAUUGUUAGGAGCCAUUGUGAGAAUGAAACAUUUCAGCACUGCAAUUUCUUUACUUCAUUAAAUGGAAUCCUCAGGAAUGGUAGAGCCAAACUGUUACACUCUGGGCAUCUUGAUGAAUUGUUACUGCCAUUUGAAUCGGGUUGAUUUCGGUUUCUCUGUUCUGGGGAGAACUCUGAAGCUUGGUUAUGAAGUGAACUGCGUGAUGCUCAACACUUUGAUAAGGGGACUCUGCAGCGAGGAUAAAAUGAGUCAGGCAAUAAAGUUGUUUCAUGACAUGGUGGCAAAAGGAUUUCAACCUGAUACAACUACUUAUAGCACGAUCAUUGACGAUCUUUGUAAGAACAGAUUGGUAGCUGAGGCUUUUGACCUCGUUUCGGAAAUGAUCAGUAAAAGUAUUUCACCAAAUGUUGUCACUUACAACUCCUUUAUCCGUGGCCUAUUCAAGUCAAACCAGUGGAAAGAAGCUACAACAUUGUUGAAUGAAAUGGUGAACCAAAAAAUCAAACCAGAUGUAAGAACCUUCAAUAUAUUGGUGGAUGCACUUUGUAAGAAAGGAAAGGUUGCAGAAGCAUUAGAAAUAGUUGAAGAGAUGAUUCAAAGAGGUGAGGAGCCUAAUACAGUCACUUACAGUACACUGGUGGAUGGUUAUUGUUUGCAAAGCAAAUUUCAUGAGGCAAGGAAGAUAUUUGAUUUGAUGGUUGCUAGGGGUUGUGCACCUGAUGUUCAAAGCUAUAACAUCUUGACUAAUGGAUAUUGUAGGAUGCGAAUAAUGAGUGAGGCUCUAAGACUGUUUCACGAAAUUUCUCAAAUGGGAUUGGUUCCUGAUACUGUUGCUUACACCACUCUUAUUGGUGGUUUUUGCCAUGCAGGAAAUCCUCGAGUUGCACAACAACUUCUAAAUGAGAUGUGA